CGAAGGCGUAAUGCGACUCUGCCAUGUUAGGUAGAGUGUAUGAUAACCAUGUAAGUACCUAACAUGUGUAUGAUGUACAAUACAUGUAAAAACUGACUGUUCUUACAUGUAUGUACCUAAUGUGAUAAGGCAAAGGAGGGAAGCACAUGCUAAAAAAGAAUGUUCGCGCCGGGACAUCGUCAAGCUGAACUAUUUAUUGUUUUAAAAGCAUCCCAUUUCACCUGACUAUGCCUUAUGCCUGUUUCAUCCCGCAUUUUUGCCUUUUAACGGACUUCAUCUUUUAAGUUAUUAGUCGCCGAUUUCUUCAACCUUGAUCGACUUCCCUCCUUCUCUCUCCUUACACUAUUUCAUCUCAUCCCACCCAAUCUUAUCCCGUUUGAUCCUGCGAACGAAUAAGCCUCGAUUAAGCUUCUUCUUUCACCUUAUUUCAUCCCCUCCCUCCUCUAUCUCCCUAAACAAACCAUCGUUGUGACCCAACAACUUACCUACACUAGCGCUCGCCCUUGAGCUCCUUCUAUCCAUUUCCCUUCCUCGAUAUUUUUUUUUAUCUCUCUACUCUCCUACUACUUAGGUGACUUAGCCCAACGAUGGCUGCUCAGGUUAACGGCGAGGUUCAUCCAUCGUCCGCGACUCUGUCGCACAUCAGGGAAUACCCGGUGGUCAACGACAGCAUUGCCUUCAUUAAGAAGAAUCCCUAUGGCCAAAAGUCGAUAGAGCUGGGUGAUACCGCCUAUAAAACCUUGGCUAAGCCGGUGUUUCCGUACCUUUCCAAGCCGUAUCAAUAUGUCUCUCCUUACAUUAAGAAGGCCGACCAGAUCGGCGAGGGUGCCCUAAGCAAAAUCGACGAACGUCUUCCCGUCCUAAAGAAACCGACCGGUGAGCUGUGGAGUGAUGGUGUAAACCUCUUCUUCUUCCCCGUCCGCAAAGGGCUAGAAACCAAGGACCACGUCUUCGACAUCUACAACUCCGAGUAUAAAAAGGUUGGAGGUGAUGGCCUAGUAGCAUCCAGCAAGGCGCUCGUCUCGGCUGGCCUCGUCGUUACAAGCGAAGCGCUCACCUGGAUCGGCGACCUGCUCCGAGCCGGCAAGGUACAGGCCAAGGAAACAGGCAAUGAAACAGCCCGCCGAGUGAACAAUUGAAAUAUCACCGAAGAACAAAAACGCUUAACAUAGGAAUAGGGGGCGAUCCUCGGCAUAGUCUCUUUCUUUUGAUACCAUGCAUCUCUUCUCUGUCAUCGGUUUUCCAACCGGAAGCUUCAGGUAGUCAGGUUGGGAAGUAGUCUGUCUACCAUGUAAUCUUGGGGAGGCUGUAUUAUGGGCAUAUGUGGCUUGGACUUUAGGCAUUCACAUUCGCUUCUCAUCCUCGCGCUUGGGAAGAGUAUUCGGCGUCGGGCGAGUCGUGUCUACCGAGAUUGUGGGACUUCGAUUCGGUCGUGUUGUUGGUUUAUUAUCAUUAACUUUUGUCUUACUCCUGAUAGCCGAGAUGUUCACGAAGAGAGAAGAGAAAGUGGAGGUGUACACGUAGGGACAGCUGGGGAAAAGGCGCGGACAAAAUGGUACAAAACCGAGUCGUGUUUAAUGACCUGUAUGAGGAGAUAAAUAUAUUUUCGAUCCCAAUACACUAUAUCUAGUGCCUUUUGUUUUUGUGUUCUGUUCUGCAAUUAGUAAAACUAAAUGCACUUACACGAUUCAAGUCGGGAUCAUUCGCCGCACAGCAUCAUGGCAGC